AUGGAUUCACGCGAAGACUAUGUGUAUCUAGCAAAGCUCGCCGAACAAGCUGAGCGCUAUGAAGAAAUGGUUGAAAACAUGAAGCAAGUCGCAUCUGCGGAUCAAGAACUCACCGUCGAAGAACGUAACUUGCUUUCUGUUGCCUAUAAAAAUGUAAUUGGAGCAAGACGUGCUUCUUGGCGUAUUGUAUCUUCAAUCGAACAGAAAGAAGAGAACAAGGGCAACGAGGUCCAAGUUGGAUACAUCAAGGAAUAUCGUAUAAAGAUAGAAAACGAAUUAGCAAAGAUAUGUGAAGAUAUUUUAAAUGUGUUGGAUGCUCACUUAAUCCCGUCUGCUGCAACCGGUGAAUCCAAAGUAUUUUAUCAUAAAAUGAAAGGUGAUUAUCACCGAUACCUUGCAGAAUUUGCUACUGGCGACAAGCGUAAAGCAUCCGCAGACAAAUCCUUGGAAGCAUAUAAAGCCGCAAGUGAAAUCGCCGUUACCGAACUUGCACCCACUCACCCAAUUCGUCUUGGUUUAGCACUAAACUUUUCCGUAUUCUAUUUUGAGAUUCUCGAUUCUCCUAGUAAUGCCUGUCAAUUGGCUCAGCAAGCAUUUGAUGAUGCUAUCGCCGAAUUGGAUACACUUAACGAAGAAAGUUAUAGAGAUUCAACAUUAAUUAUGCAACUAUUGAGAGACAAUUUGACACUCUGGACCGCGGAUAAACGAGAGAGCAACGAGAAAACUGACGCUGUCAAGGACGAGGAAACUUCUCAACCCAAAGAAGAACCUUAG